CAGCACACAGUUUACCUAGAAUGAAAUUAAUUCCAAGUUACUUUGGGCUGAGCCUGGUGGCACACUUUUGGAAGCUGAGGGUUAACAACUAACAUUUAUGUAAUACAGAAGAAAAAGAUGUCGUUCCGUAAAGUAAACAUUGUCAUCCUGGUUCUGGCCGUUGUUCUCUUCCUAUUGGUUUUGCAUCAUAACUUCCUUGGCCUGAGCAGUUUGCUGAGGAAUGAGGUUUCAGAUUCAGGAUUUUUGGGGCUUCAGCCCAUAGACUUCAUCCCAAAUACUCCCAGACAUGUAGUAGAUGGAAAACAAGAAGAGAUUCCUGUGGUUAUUGCUGCAUCUGAAGACAGGCUUGGGGGGGCCAUUGCAGCCAUAAAUAGCAUUCAGCACAACACACGCUCUAAUGUGAUUUUCUACAUUGUUACGCUUAACAAUACAGCAGACCAUCUUCGGUCAUGGCUCAAUAGUGGUUCCCUGAAAAACAUCAGGUACAAAAUUGUGAAUUUUGACACUAAACUUUUGGAAGGUAAAGUAAAGGAGGAUCCUGACCAGGGGGAGUCCAUGAAACCAUUAACCUUUGCAAGGUUCUAUUUGCCAAUUCUGGUUCCCAAUGCAAAGAAGGCCAUAUACUUGGAUGAUGAUGUAAUUGUGCAAGGUGAUAUUCUUGCACUGUACCAUACACCACUAAAACCAGGACAUGCAGCUGCGUUUUCAGAAGACUGUGAUUCAGCCUCUACUAAAGUUGUCAUCCGUGUAGCAGGGAACCAGUACAAUUACAUUGGCUAUCUGGAUUACAAAAAAGAAAGAAUACGUAAGCUUUCCAUGAAAGCCAGCACCUGUUCCUUUAAUCCUGGAGUUUUUGUUGCAAACCUAACAGAAUGGAAACAACAGAACAUAACUAAUCAGCUGGAAAAAUGGAUGAAACUCAAUGUAGAAGAAGGAUUAUACAGCAGAACACUGGCCGGCAGCAUCACAACACCUCCUCUACUUAUCGUAUUUUAUCAACAGCACUCCACCAUUGACCCUAUGUGGAAUGUCCGCCACCUUGGUUCCAGUGCUGGCAAAAGAUAUUCACCCCAGUUUGUAAAGGCUGCGAAACUACUCCAUUGGAAUGGACAUUUUAAGCCAUGGGGAAGAACUGCUUCAUACACUGAUAUUUGGGAAAAAUGGUACAUUCCAGAUCCAACAGGCAAAUUCAGCCUAAUCCGAAGACACAUGGAAAUCUCAAACAUAAAGUAGAACAGAAUUUAACUGGAAGUAUUUCUCAGGAAAUCUCAGAAGACAGCAUGUGUAGGAAGUAAUAU